CCUUCUUGCCGUUUGGACGACGUCGAAUAUUGCUUCAACUUCCAACACCUUAUUUCCACCGUGAUGAGUUUUGAAUUCUCCUAGAAGCCGUCUUCCUCGUUCAAUACAGAUGCCUUGGCUGCAAUAUUGGCCCAUCUAGAUUUUGGAGCCACCACAGAUGACCUACCUUUACAGCAGCACCUAGGCAUCGACCAGACUAACACCGUCUCGCCACUGGUGAUUAGCAGGAUGCAAUCAUUGCUCCAAGUCAAACAACAUGUCGUUCAUGUCACUCUUAUGGAUUUUAUCGAAUGAAAAGACGAAUACAUCGAAACAAUUAAUAGCAAAAAGUCAAUAUAUCCCCAAGCGGGCCUGCUGCCGUCUGACCGACGCGACGAACACCCUCCAUCCCCCCUGCACAUCCUUUGGUCCACCCGUCCGUCGUCUUUCAAUGCGUUGGCGCCUUACAUCGCCCUCUCAGUGUCCCAAUCGCUCAAACCUUUGCUCUCGGGCACCACCUGAUUGGCAAUUUCUCCCUCGUUUCAACUGCGCCGAUGUCCAGUUGGCACCGGCCCAGCGUCCGAAAUGGAUGCAAGUUGCAUCUCGACCCCCAGUGACAGGACCCUGUCGUGCCUGUCUACCUGCCAGCGCGGGAACGCAUCGAGCCAGGGGGCAAGGGGGGUUAGAGGGGGUUGAGCGUCUCGUUCGCUCGUUCGUUCCUAUGAAGGACGUCCGCCCUGCUCUACAAGGAACGACUUAGCUUAUUCAAGAUGAUUGGAGGUGCCGCGGCAACAAACGACCCAAACACAAUUAUGCAGCUCAAACAUUAAAGCAUGUUGAGAGCUGACAUGUUCUCCAGAACAUGUCCUCCUCAACUCCCGUCCACCCUCUCAGCUUGUGCUGGAGGAAGGGAACAGAGAAACGACGGCAAGGUGCCAUGGGGCAGUGUGUAUCCAGCAGCAAUGCCGGCGCUGGCAGCAGCGAUGCCGAGAGGCCUGACGCUCGCUGUCAAACUCCCGGCUGCCAGAGAGUCUGCGAUCCAGGGUCCAGAUCACGAUACUGCGCUCAGCAUGCCGUCUGUAGACGGCAGGGAUGCGCAAGGCCUCGAUACCGCAAGGGCCCAUAUUGUCAGGAACACCUGUGUAAGUGUUCCACCAGGCUGCUUCGGCCCCUCGACAACGUACGAGUUCUCUCUGACUUCAAGACCAGAUACGUGUCGAGUCUCCAGGUGU